AUGGAGAUCGUCGUCCCACAGGAGCUGAGGCCUAAACCUCCGGCAAGGCGCCACGCCCCAAGCCUCGGCAAGCCACUCCCGGACCGUCUCGCCCACGUCGCCGGCGGUCUCCCCGACGUCGCCAGCGAUGAGGAAUCUGCGGUGGAGACCGAUGGAGAGGAGGACUUCGGCGAGGUGUUCAAAGCUGACUUCAGUACAGAUGAGGAGGAGCAGCCGGUGAAACUGUCCCCGAAGCGCAAGGACAAGGGAAAGAAAAAGGAAGUGGUUCCCGCGUCGCCGGAUGAGGACGCACCACCGCCAGCCCGAAAGGACAAAGGGAAGGGUAUCGUUCCACGUACUGCGCCGUCGAAGCCCGAGCCCACUCGUCGGGCAUCCGGAAAUGACAGCUCGGUCACGGCAGCCGGCAGCGAGCAAGUCCCGGGCGGCAAAGCGGGUGUCAAGCCCACCAGUGACCGGCCCGAGCCUGCCCCCGAGCCCUCUGUCAGCCGGAAGCCCGUCAAGCCCAAACCAAGGUAUCAAGCUGGGCCAGUCGGAAGAGAAGGCUCGGCCGAAUCCGAUGCCGACGACGACAACGAGGUGGUAUUCUGCCGACGCGGUCAAGCCGAAGAAGACAAGGACGCGCCGGCCACUUGGGAGGAAAGGCGGCAGUGGAUCAGGGAGCUAACCGUGGACGACGGCGUUAUGAAGCUCGUAGACAAUCUGCACCACCUGCCGGAGACCGGAGCAUGGCAAUCCAAGACGAAGUGGGAUUGGGCCAGUUGGAAGUACCGCCGUGCAAGGUGCACUCCGGAUAUCCAUAGGGACAAGGGUGUCCUCACGCAGUUCCGCUCCUGGCUCACCAGGAUCCGCACAAGCCUCACCGACACUCCGAUGGGCCGGGAAGACGGCCUCAUGGUCACACUGGCCAUUGCAAUGGUUGUGAAGGACGUCGAGAAGAAAACCGAGCACCGGAGUGACGAGGAGGCGGAAAUCCCGCAGUACGUGCACGAAUCCCAACUGACUUACCGCUUUGUCGAGGAAUUGGGGGAACAUUGCACCGAGAUCGCGGACCUAUGGUCGGACAUGGCAUACCGCACGCAGAAAAAGCGGAAGGCGGAUGGAGAGCCCGAGAAAUCAUCCGCCAUCGGUGCCCGGGCAAAACGGGUCAAGCCGAACGUGUCUGCAUCGCCGGCGCCGGGAAAGCGGUCGGCAAAGAGCACGAAGGCGACCAGAUCGUCCACUCGCCGGCGUUAG